AUGGUCAAGGAAAAACCAAAUUCGAUCCGUAUUUACGAUUCAGAAGGUUAUAGACGUAGAGCUGCAUGUAUCUGCGUCAAGAAUGAUCUUGAAGAUGAGGUACUUUUGGUUACAUCCAGCCGGAGACCUGAUAGUUGGAUAGUACCUGGUGGCGGUGUUGAACCAGAAGAAGAACCCGCAGUAACAGCAUUACGAGAAGUCAGAGAAGAAGCUGGUGUUUUAGGACAAUUAGGCAGAUGUCUUGGCAUAUUCGAGAAUGUGGAACACAAACAUAGAACACAAGUAUGGGUUAUGCGAGUGACAGAAGAGCUGCCAGAAUGGGAAGAUUCACGCGCUAUUGGUCGAAAGCGAAAAUGGUUCUCUAUACCAGAGGCCUUGCUACAGCUUGCUCAGCACAAGCCCGUCCAGCGUUCUUACAUACAUAGUCUCCACAAUACCAAUCCUCGACACAAUCCUAACAUUUCACCAUCUCAUCAUUCACAUACUACUGUAACGUCUAUUCAGUUAAUGAAUAAUUCUAGUAACAAUCCUCAUCUUAACAAACAUAGCUAA